CAGUUUACAGUACACAAGAAUUCUCUGCAGCUCGUGAUCAACUAGAGAUAUGGGGAAGUGCUACCCAACAGUGAGCGAGGAGUACCAGAAAGCGGUGGAGAAAUGUAGGAGGAAACUGAGAGGACUUAUUGCCGAGAAGAACUGUGCCCCGAUCAUCUUACGUUUGGCAUGGCAUUCAGCAGGAACCUUCGAUGUUCAUACGAAGACAGGAGGGCCGUUUGGGACGAUCAGGCAUCCAGAUGAGCUAGCUCAUGAAGCUAACAAUGGUCUUGAUAUUGCUGUAAGGCUUUUGGAUCCUAUUAAGCAGCAGUUUCCCAUUUUGUCGUAUGCGGAUUUCUACCAGUUGGCCGGAGUUGUUGCUGUAGAAGUUACUGGAGGGCCGGAGAUCCCUUUCCACCCUGGAAGACCCGACAAAUCAGAUCCACCACCAGAGGGUCGCUUGCCUGAUGCCUCUAAAGGUUCUGACCAUCUGAGGGAUGUCUUUGGCCACAUGGGUCUGAGCGACAAGGACAUUGUGGCAUUAUCUGGGGGUCACACCCUGGGAAGGUGCCACAAGGAGCGAUCUGGAUUUGAGGGAGCCUGGACUACCAAUCCUCUCAUUUUUGAUAACUCCUAUUUCAAGGAAUUGCUUAGUGGAGAGAAAGAAGGGCUAAUCCAGCUGCCAUCAGACAAGGCUCUGCUAGAGGAUCCCGUCUUCCGUCCCCUUGUCGAAAAAUAUGCUGCAGAUGAGGAUGCCUUCUUUGCCGAUUAUGCUGAAGCUCACUUGAAGCUCUCGGAGCUUGGAUUUGCGGAUGCGGAGUGAGUGGUUGUGUUCUUGUAAAUAUUUUGAAGGAGCUGCAAAAUAAUUUAUUUAUGAAAAAGUUUCCAGUUUUCUGUCUAUGUGCUUGCUCUUAAGCUGGUGAUUGUGAUGCAAUUAACUGUCACAUUGAUAUAUGGUGUGUGUUUUUGAGUCUAUGCAAUGAUGUAAUGUUGUGACUGAAAUAAAAAUAAUCUUAUUUUAUCAUAAA